AUGACUCAUUUACAAGCUGGCCUUUCUCCUGAGACCCUGGAGAAAGCUCGCCUGGAACUCAAUGAGAAUCCAGACACACUGCACCAGGAUAUCCAGGAGGUGAGGGACAUGGUCAUCACCAGGCCAGACAUCGGUUUUCUACGCACGGAUGAUGCUUUCAUCUUACGCUUCUUGCGCGCUCGGAAGUUUCAUCACUUCGAGGCCUUUCGACUCUUGGCCCAGUACUUUGAGUACAGGCAGCAGAACCUGGACAUGUUCAAAAGCUUCAAGGCCACGGAUCCUGGCAUCAAGCAGGCGCUGAAGGACGGGUUUCCUGGAGGCCUGGCUAAUCUGGACCAUUACGGAAGGAAGAUUCUAGUCCUUUUUGCUGCCAACUGGGAUCAGAGCAGGUACACAUUGGUGGAUAUUUUGCGUGCCAUCUUACUUUCUUUAGAAGCCAUGAUUGAAGAUCCCGAGCUUCAAGUAAAUGGCUUUGUUUUGAUCAUAGACUGGAGUAACUUCACCUUCAAGCAAGCCUCUAAGCUUACACCUAGCAUGCUGCGACUAGCCAUUGAAGGCCUUCAGGAUAGCUUCCCAGCACGAUUUGGAGGAAUUCAUUUUGUCAAUCAACCGUGGUAUAUCCAUGCCCUGUACACUGUGAUUCGACCUUUCCUCAAGGAGAAAACUCGGAAACGGAUAUUUUUACAUGGUAACAACCUGAACAGUCUGCACCAACUAAUUCAUCCUGAGAUUCUGCCCUCUGAGUUUGGAGGAAUGCUUCCCCCUUAUGAUAUGGGAACAUGGGCAAGGACACUGCUGGACCACGAGUAUGAUGACGACAGUGAAUACAGCAUGGACCCAUACAGCAUGCCUGUGAAGGAAGUAGAAAAGGAGCUCUCCCCCAAGUCAAUGAAGAGAUCCCAAUCAGUAGUGGAUCCCACAAUACUAAAACGCAUGGAUAAAAGUGAGGAAGAAAACAUGCAGCCUUUGCUUUCUCUGGACUAA